AACAAAGGGUGUCCCCUUCGCCCCACCAUUCCCACCAAAUUCCCCGCUCCCCUCCUUCCUCCCUUUUCAAACCUCUCUCUUAUGUCCUCCGCCCACCCUCCUUCCUCCCCCGCCACCGGUCUCGGUCUCGGCUACGGCAUUGCCAUUGCCGUCAGCAUCCUCGUCUUCAUCUCCACCGUCAUGCUCAUCUCCUACGCCUGCAUUCGCGUUAAAUCUGCCACUACUCGUCCCUCCGCUUCCCUUCCCUCUCCCCCAACCCCCGUCGACAAUGUCGUGGUUCUCAUGGUUGGAUUACACGGCUCCAUCAUCGAAUCCUACCCUAAAUUGGUCCUCGGAGAGAGUCGUCGUCUUCCUCCCCCUAACAAUGGCCCUUGCUCCAUUUGCCUCUCUGAUUACAAGCCCCACGAUUCCGUUCGAUGCAUCCCCGAUUGUCGACAUUGUUUUCACUCUGAUUGCGUCGAUCAAUGGCUUCGUAUGAGUGCUACUUGUCCUUUGUGUCGAAAUUCCCCAGCUCCAACCCCUCUUGCUACUCCUCUCUCUGAACUUGUGCCUCUGGCUUCCCAUGCUAGGUGAUCCAUCUCCAACUUCUUCUUCUUCUUUCUCUUUACUACAUUUUUUUAAUUAGGGUUAGGGUUUAUAAGUUUUUCUCCAUGGAUUAUUUUUGUCUGUGUUUACUUACUUCACUUGCGUACUUUUCACUAUUAGUUUUUGAUAGAUAUAAUGGGAACUACUUCAAGAUCAUCUCUAGUGUUUAGACAUUAUAUGUAAAGUUGAAAAUUUUUCUAAUAAAUCUCCAUUUCUACAUUUGAUUCUUCA